UCCGUCACUGCGUUUAGGGCGUGGCGUCAUCUCAGGGUGCCUGAAGGAGACUUGGGGACACCCGAGCCGCUCCUUUACGGUGUCUGGGCAUCGGUAUCACCUUGUGUGCGUGCUCUCCAUGAGAAAGAUGCUUGCCGCUGUGUCCCGCGUGUUGGCCGGCGCUGCGCAGAAGCCGGCAAGCAGAGUGAUAGUCGCAUCCCGUAAUUUUGCAAACGAUGCUACAUUUGAGAUUAAGAAAUGUGACCUUCACCGGCUGGAAGAGGGCCCUCCAGUCACCACAGUGCUCACCAGAGAGGAUGGGCUCAAGUACUACAGGAUGAUGCAGACUGUGCGCCGGAUGGAGCUAAAGGCGGACCAGUUGUAUAAACAGAAAAUUAUUCGUGGGUUCUGUCAUUUGUGUGAUGGUCAGGAAGCCUGCUGUGUGGGCCUUGAGGCUGGCAUAAACCCCACGGACCAUCUCAUCACAGCGUAUCGGGCUCAUGGCUUCACCUUCACUCGGGGCCUUUCUGUCCGAGCAAUUCUUGCUGAGCUAACAGGACGAAGAGGAGGUUGUGCUAAAGGGAAAGGUGGAUCGAUGCACAUGUACGCCAAGAACUUCUAUGGAGGCAAUGGCAUCGUUGGAGCUCAGGUGCCCCUGGGAGCAGGGAUUGCUCUGGCCUGCAAGUACAAUGGGAAAGACGAGGUCUGCUUGACAUUAUAUGGAGAUGGUGCUGCUAAUCAGGGUCAAAUAUUUGAGGCUUACAAUAUGGCAGCAUUAUGGAAAUUGCCUUGUAUUUUCAUCUGUGAGAAUAAUCGCUAUGGAAUGGGAACAUCGGUUGAGAGAGCAGCGGCCAGCACAGAUUACUACAAGAGAGGAGAUUUUAUUCCUGGGCUGAGGGUAGAUGGAAUGGAUAUCUUGUGUGUCCGAGAGGCAACCAAGUUUGCAGCAGCCUAUUGUAGGUCUGGAAAGGGGCCCAUCCUGAUGGAGCUGCAGACAUACCGUUACCAUGGACACAGUAUGAGUGACCCUGGAGUCAGUUACCGCACACGAGAAGAAAUCCAGGAAGUAAGAAGUAAGAGUGACCCUAUUAUGCUUCUCAAGGAUAGAAUGGUGAACAGCAAUCUUGCAAGUGUUGAAGAAUUAAAGGAGAUUGACGUUGAGGUGAGGAAAGAAAUCGAGGAUGCUGCCCAGUUUGCCACAGCUGAUCCUGAGCCACCCUUGGAGGAAUUAGGCUAUCACAUCUACAGCAGCGAACCACCUUUUGAAGUGCGUGGUGCGAACCAGUGGAUCAAGUUUAAGUCAGUCAGUUAAUAGGAGCCUGUGUGUAAUGGAUGAGCUGUUUGUCAUCCACUCUUAAGGAACUCUGUGCUCUCAACUUUAAAGGACAGGUAAUAAUAUCUGGACAACAAAAGUCUUGCAAAAUAACCUGUAAAUUAAAGGGAGAAUAAUUGCAUGCAGUUUGUACAUUGAUGCAUUAGAUGUAUUUCAUGUGAAUACUAUAAAGUGUAUUGGGUUUAUAUAGGUUUGAAAUAGGUGAUGCAGACUUUAACCUUCGCUCAUAUCCUAGAACACAUACUAAAAGGAGCAAGCCUGCCACCUUUUCUGGGGCAAUCGUAGCUAUGUCCUCAUGGAGACAAUGCUGGGAUAUGCGCUCAGGUAGAAGAGUAGCAGCCACACUAGCCCUGCAUUGUGGCACUGGAUGCUGUAAACACUGAUCAUGUCUCCAUAGUAGACUAUUAUAAUCAGGAAAGGGCUGAAAGAAUCAUUGCAUUUUAAAAUAAAACUACUUCACAAUCAUGUCAAAGGUAAAAUAAUUUACUUUUCUCCAUUUAGACAUUCAACAAACAUGGAUUUACAUUCCCAUUGCAAGGCACACUUCCUAACCUUUCACAUUUAAGUAUUAUGCUAGGUUCAUCAGACGGGGACUCCUGCUCUUUUAAAUACCCAGUGCUUUAUCUUUCCAGCAAGUACUACAAUGUGUGCUGAAGUAUAAUCUUGAAAAUGUAAUAUACUGGGUCACUGCUGGCAUUACAUACAGUUCUAUAAAUCCUAAUCAUCUUUAUAAAAUAAAUUUUUUUAAAUGUUUCAAUAAGGACAGUCUCACUGCUGGCAUUACAUACAGUUCUAUAAAUCCUAAUCAUCUUUAUAAAAUAAAUUUUUUUAAAUGUUUCAAUAAGGACAGUCUUUAAACUGCAAAUUAAUAAGGGUCUUUCAGUGUAAACUCAGCAGAAUGUGUGUGUACGUGAAUAGAAGCUUUAACCACAAACAGGCAGGGUGUUUGCUCACUAUCCCCAGCUUAGCUCACUGUGAGGAUUCCCGAGUUUGUCUUCUGUGCUGGGAGACGGCAUGCCAGAGCCUACAGAGGACACCACCACUGUAAAAUAGGAGAGUUUCCAUAAGAAAAGCAAACCUCAAUAACCUCUUCCAUAGGACACUUAAGGCAGAUGUCACAGGCAUCAUUCUACAUUUGCCAUAAGUUAGAGCCUUACAUUUUGAAAGUAUGCUGUCUUCAUGUGCGAAAGUUAACACGUGCCCUAGCAGUGUUUGCAUAUGGUGCCAUAGGCGUGCAGGCCGCCACUGGAAGGGCCUGGCUUCUCAUGUUGCCUUCUCACCUUGAAUCUGGAAAAACUCCAGAGUUUGGAGGGCCACUAGUGUUUGCUAAGACAUAGGAAAGGGAAUCAAUUUCAAAGAUUGGGGGAAGUUACCAGCACUUUGUCUUCUAUUUCAUUUAAAAAGAUAUUCAUAUGAAAAAUUAAUUCUAUCAUGCAAACUGUUUGGAAGGCCUUACCGUAGUCUGAGGCAUCUUAGAUCUUCCUUAGUGAUAUCAUUAAGAAUAUCAGAAAGUGUAUAAUCCUCUCCAACAAUCUGAAACAAAGAUUCACUAUAUGAGAGAAGCAGCUUUCCAACAAUAUUACGGGAAUCCUUUUGAUUUAGAAAUUUACCUUUUCUAUUGUAUUUGCAUCCACUCCUUGUACCUGCAACCAGUCUAUAAGCUCUCUAUCUGUUCCCAGUCCAUCAGUGGGUACUGGGUUCUCUGUACCACCUGUAAUGAUCACAGAUUUGUUUUAUUGUAUGUAAUGUGUAACCAUAAAAUGCUUCAAAAGUAACAAAGUGGAUGUAAUAAAGUAUCGAGAAUGUAAA